AUGACAUCGAGCAACUGGAUCGAGUACCAGCUGCAACAUCAUGCCUUGACGGAGUCCCUCCGCUCGGAGAGCUCCCUGUCCGAGUCACGAUACUAUCAGAACGUUCCUAAAUCCAUGGAGUCCGAGAUGUUCACCGUCAGCAGUCUCCUGGGGCCCAAUAAAAUUCCGGUCCGUCCGCUCGCAUUCCACGAGACCGGAGGUACAUCAUUCUAUCUGAUUGUCUAUGUCGGGGCAGCUUUGGCCGGCUACCCUGGCAUGAUUCAUGGAGGCCCGCUGGCGACAAUCAUGGAUGAAGGAAUGGCUGGUUGCGCUAGUGCGGCCCUGCCGAAACGCGUCGCCGUCACCCUUGGAUUGAACGUGGCAUACCGGAAGGCUGCUCCAACUGAAUCCUUCUACGUGCUGAAAGCAAAUAUCACGAAGGUGGACAACAAAGAAGCCUGGGUGGAGGGUCGGCUGGAAAUUCUGGAUGGCCAGGGGAAGGACGAGGGGGAGGUUGUGACAGAGGGAUGGGGUCAUUAUCUGCAACCGGCGGUCACACGCGGUCUAUACUCGCCGAUCUAG